AUGUAAUCCGAAACACAAAACAAGAAAAUCACUUUCAAAUUCCUUAAUCAAUUGAAACUCAUGAUCAAACCAUCCUAAAAAAUAGUACAGAUUACUCAUGCUCUAGUAACAAUAUUAAGUGGGACUAUAGCAUCAAUUCAAGGAAAUUAAAUUAAGUCAGAUUGGUAAUCAAUAAAACAUUGUUUACGAAAUACUAAUGAGAUUCUAGAGAUUAUAAAUGAUUCAUAAACAUUUUAAAAAAGAGUACGUUUUGAAAAUUUAGAGAAAUCAACGUUGAUUUAAUAGUCAAUUCAAUAAUAAAAUGAGGAUGAAUAAUAUGAUGAGACAUUUGAAUUAAUAUAGGACACUUUGAAUUAGCUUUUAGCUAUUGCAAGACCUUUGUUUAAAAAUCUAUUAUUAUGCAAAAGAAACAAUUCAAGAAAUAGAUCAUUAAGUUAAUAAGGUUUAUAGAAAGUGUAAUAAUCUUAAAAGUCAUUCAGCAAUAAGACAAAUAUCUCCUUGUCAUAAUUAAAUCAGAGUCAUGGCAAAAUUAAUAGACCCAAAAGUCAAUAAUCAAAUUUAAGUAUGAGUCGUUCGUCAUCAAAUUCAAAGGAUUAUUAGAAGAGAGUAAUUGAAGCUCAAACAAAAAAAUAAUCAAGAUUGGAUAGAAUUUUAAAAUUGUAAACCAAUAAACCUUAAGCUAAAUCUUAAAUAAAAUCAAUGAUUGAGGGUCAAUAAUCUCUCAAUAAAUCGUAUAGAUCAAACAGUAAGGAAUCAAUAAUGAGAUAAGAAAUCGAGAAAAACAAAACAAUAAUAAAGAAGUUAAAGUAAUAAGAAAAUGCCAUUAAAUGGGAAAUUGAAAGAGAAAGCAAAAGAAUAAGAGAAAAUGAAACUGUAAACUAAAUUCAGGAUCAAAUUAAUAGAUACAAAGAAAGUUGGUAAAAAGAUUAAGAAAUCAAGCAAGAAAGAAGAAAAAGUAAUUAAAAGCAAAACAGUCUAAAUAAAUAAAGUAACUAAAAAGUUUCAGGUCAAAGGAAUAAUUCAAUUAAUUAUGAUGAGAAUAAAGGCAAUGCUUUAGAAAAGGAUCUUUUGAUAUCAGAAUAACUGAAAAGUGAAAAGGAAUAAUCGUUAAAUAAAAUAUUAAAAACAAUAAAUAAUUCUAAAUAGAAGUAGUUAAAAUGA